GUAUGGAAUCGUCUUACUUCCGCUUUGAUUGUCUCACAUGCUAGCGGCCGUUUGUAGGUAUACACAGGGAGAAGGAUGAAGAAAGAUGAGUUUAGGUGUGUUGAAUGUAACGAAAAAGCGUCGGAGUUGCACAGGGAUUACAGUAACGGCAUCCUGAAGAUAACCAUAUGUGAGUCGUGCCAGAAGCCUGUGGACAAGUACAUUGAAUAUGACCUGGUUAUCAUCCUCAUCGAUGCCAUUCUGUGCAAGACGCAGGCGUUCAGACACAUUUUGUUCAACACAAGCUUGAAUAUCCACUGGAAGUUGUGUGUGUUCUGCCUGUUGUGUGAGGCUUACUUCCGGUGGUCUCUGCUCCAUGGCUCGCAGCAGAGCAGCCACCCGGCUGACAUUAUCAGGUACACCAAGGAGUGGGAUUUCUACGCCACGUUCGGACUGGCCGCCCUCGAGCUGUCAGCGUUCUGCGGCGGCGUGCUGUUGUUCCUUUGGGUGGUGGUGAGUGGCCUCCAGGACCGGACCCUCGAGCUCAACCUGCUCCUCAGAGCCCUGCUGCUGUCCUGCUACGGAAAGGUCCUCCUCAUCCCUGCUGUGAUCUGGGAGCACGACUACUCCCCGCUCUGUCUGGGCCUCAUCAAACUGUUUGUGCUCACCUCAAACUCACAGGCUAUCAGAGUGAUCCUGAACAGCAGCAGACGCCUGUCACUGACGGCCGUGUGUUUAGGCCUGCUGUCAGAGACCUGCGUGGCUCAGGCCUGCAGAAAGCUUCCAUGGAGCAUCCAGGACACGUUGACAUUUGAUUGAACGUCUGCCUCGUCAGACUCACCUCAGGGAUGAUCAAGUGAUUGUGGGUGCCAGCAUGUUAAUGAACCGCCUAUGCACAGGAUCUGAGAAGGAAAAGGAUGUCAUGUUCUUCAAGUUCCACUUGAAGAGACAUCCACUUGGAGAGACAUUAUUGUUGUUAUUUCUUUACUCUUAAAAUGAGAAAAAGAUCCAUUAUUGUUUUGCAGGGAUGUCGAGGAGGUCGCGCUGGCCCUCCUCAUGUUAUUCAUUUUGUUUUCAAAGAGGAUGUUGAGCCACCAAGUCAAAAUUCCUAUGAGAUUUUUCAUCUAUUUGAUUACCUCAGAAAGGAAGUCAAGGCCCCCUGAUCUAAAUUAGUCAAAUUCCCAGGGCUAAGAAUGACACAAACACAGACCCUGAGGAUGUCAUUUGGCAGUCGCUGCUCUCUGUUUGGACAGGAACCAGCCAACACUCCUCACAUUCUUUGGCUCACUGGUGAAAUGCUGAUCUUAACUCACACUCGUACAGAAACACACUGGAUAUCUCAUCAGAAUGAAAUGGUGAUAAGUGGAUAAAUAAAACAGGCGUAAUUGACAUUCUUAUUAUUUAGCAUAAAUUUGGAAGCGAGUGAAUUGAAAUGAAGGUGAAGUGUAGCAUUUAUUAAUUGCAGGUUUUGAUGAGUAAAACCCACCAAACUGCAGCAGGCAUCUUCCCAGACAAUAAUCAUUACAAAACCUGCACUUACUGUGUGUCUGGAAGCAGAGCAGAGUCCAAUUAGCUCAGCAAACGCCCGGAGCAGACCGAGUGUCUGUGGAAUGAGGGGAAUUCAUUCUGUUACCUGCAGCACAAAAGGGCAGCUGAACCCGCCUCAGCUCCCAGGAGCCUCUGCAGGAGUCGUGUGGUUGUGGAGAGCAGCCAGUCGAAAAGCAAGUCGAAAAACCGGACACGUGAUGAGGCGAGAGGCGAGGCAGAAUUCUUUCCGAACUAAACAAGGGAGCUCGUCUCGUGAUGCUCUGUCAGAUAGGAUUCACAGAUAAUGUCACGGACAUUCAGUACUGCUGACGUGAAUUUAUCAUCAAAUUAAUGCUCAUAAACAAAUGAUGUGUUCUC